AUGGCUUCUUCUUUUUCCAGUACUUCCAAGACUGGCGAUGCUCCGCCGCCUCCUCCGCCUCCACCGGUUGUCAAGAAAGCCCCCACUCCACUUCCAGCCCCAAAGCCGCCAACCGUGGCCUCGAAAGGCCCUCCCGGGGCCUUUUUGGUCGAAUUGCUGGUGUACAACGGCUCGCCCUUUAAAGACCACUGUGCAUAUUUUGUGUGCUCGCACAGAAAUCGUGAUACCGGUGUUCGGAUUCACGCGACUGGCGACGUAAGAAACGGCUUUGAAUUCAAUAUUGAGCGAAGCCAUAACUUUGACGAAACCGGGAACUAUCCUACGACAAGGAUUCCGCUACAAUGGGUGAAUGCACAGCAUUUUGACGAGAAGGCGAUGCUCAACCAUGGAAGCCCCAAAAUCGAUACCGUGCCUGUCUGUGGUUUUGAGGUCAGUGUAAACAAAGCGAAGGCUCCUGGGAAGACUCUAAAUUCAGUCGAGGACACGGCUUUCAAGACCAAAACAGGCAAGAAAAUCAUUCAAAACAACUGCCAGUCAUGGCUUGUGGAGUCAGCCGAUUUCCUUGUCCAAGACCGUAUAUUCAAUUCUGACGUUGCUGUUUACCUCCACGCUAUCGAACAAUAA